CUUUAUCCGGGAUGGCUAGACAAGAGGAAUAUAGCUGGUCAAGAAAAUUAUAGCGGGGUAAGAAUACCCCCUGAUACAGCCAGGCAAGAAGAGUAUUCAGAUCCUGCUACUGUUGUCUUAG